GACUGGGGUAUAUAAGCGCGUGCCGGAAGCCGCGCGAUGCUCUUCUGCCUCAGUAAGAGUAGAGUUGUGGUUCACGUGUGGUUGUGUGCGCUUCCUUUUUCCUGGAAAUAGGCCACACAACCUACGUCCAUUCCGUGAAACUAACUCUCCUAGAAAAAAAUCAAAAAAAAGUAAAAAAUCUUCGUAAAAAACGUAUACAAAAAAAUCGCAAAAUCGUAGGCGAAAACUGUCGUAACCUCGGGUAACAACGUGGUGAUAAAAAAAAAAAAAAAGAAAAAAAGAAAAAGAAGGAAGUGAGUACGAGCCAGUGAGCCGACGUCGUUAAGAGAAACAGACGGAAGGCUCAUUUACCUAAUAGGCACGCCAAAAAAAAAAACAAAAAAAAAAGGAAUUGCCACCCAGAACACGCACGAGGUAAAAGCGGAAGAAGACAUAAAAGAGGGAAGUGGGCGCGAAACGUGUGCUAGCGACAAAGCACGAGCUCAGGUUCUUGGAGGACGGGCCAUAUUGCGAGGUAGAUUAGAAGUGGUUAAGCAAGAUCGUCGUAGCUAAGGGAGGAACUCGUCAUUCUGCCUUUAUUUCCCCCGACGUGACAUUGAUACGUCGCAAUCAUGAAUCCUGGAGCGCCCAACUACCCCAUGGCCUCGCUCUACGUGGGUGACCUACACACCGACAUCACCGAGGCGAUGCUGUUCGAGAAGUUCUCGUCAGCCGGACCCGUGCUGUCGAUCCGCGUAUGUCGCGACAUGAUCACUCGUCGCUCGCUCGGCUACGCAUAUGUCAACUUCCAGCAACCGGCUGAUGCCGAACGCGCCCUUGAUACCAUGAAUUUCGACAUGAUAAAAGGGCGGCCUAUUCGAAUCAUGUGGUCUCAGCGCGAUCCCUCCUUACGCAAAUCGGGCGUUGGAAAUGUAUUUAUUAAGAACUUAGACAAAAAUAUAGACAAUAAAGCGAUGUAUGAUACAUUUUCCGCGUUCGGUAACAUAUUAAGCUGUAAAGUUGCGCAAGACGAAUCGGGCGCGUCAAAGGGUUAUGGCUUUGUACAUUUUGAAACGGAAGAAGCGGCUAACAAAUCUAUCGACAAGGUCAACGGGAUGUUGCUUAAUGGCAAGAAGGUAUACGUUGGCAAAUUCAUCCCGCGUAAGGAACGUGAGAAAGAGUUGGGCGAGAAAGCCAAACUGUUCACGAACGUCUACGUGAAAAAUUUCGGCGAGGAUAUGACCGAGGACAAGUUGAAAGACAUGUUCGAGAAGUACGGGACCAUUACAAGCCACAAAGUGAUGAGCAAGGACGAUGGCAAGUCACGUGGUUUCGGAUUUGUCGCAUUCGAGGACCCGGACGCUGCCGAACAGGCGGUGAUGGAAUUGAACGGCAAGGAGAUCGCCGAAGGCAAGUGCAUGUACGUCGGACGAGCUCAGAAGAAAGCCGAGCGCCAACAGGAGCUUAAACGGAAGUUCGAGCAGCUGAAGAUUGAGCGACUGAAUCGGUACCAAGGCGUGAAUUUAUAUGUGAAGAACCUAGACGAUACGAUCGACGAUGAACGUCUGCGUAAAGAAUUUACGCCAUUUGGAACAAUUACGUCCGCAAAGGUGAUGAUGGAGGAAGGACGUAGCAAGGGUUUCGGUUUCGUGUGCUUCUCACAACCGGAGGAAGCCACAAAGGCAGUUACCGAAAUGAACGGACGUAUCGUAGGUUCCAAACCCCUUUAUGUCGCUCUAGCGCAACGCAAGGAGGAUCGUAAAGCGCAUCUCGCCUCGCAGUAUAUGCAACGCAUGGCGAACGUGCGCAUGCAGCAAAUGGGUCAGAUAUUCCAACCCAGUAAUGCCGGUAGUUACUUUGUGCCUACGCUGCCGCAGCCACAGCGAUUCUACGGACCUGCUCAGAUGGCGCAAAUUCGCGCGACUCCACGCUGGCCGGCACAACCAAACCAAGUACGACCGAACGCCCAGACUGGCACCUCCGGGUUCGCGUCUAUGCCAGCUGCACCGUUCCGAGCGGCGCCACGUGCUCCUACCGCGCAGGCUGGUGCCUUGCGUAACAGUAUGUCCGCCCGACCUAUUACAGGUCAACAAGCGGUUGCUGGCGCUAACAUGCAGGCUCGUUCAAUGGCAGGACCCGCUGUUGGUGUCUCGCCCGGUCAGAGCCGUCCGCCGAAUUACAAGUACACCGCAAACAUGCGCAAUCCGCCGCAAGCGACCAUGGCUCUACCCGCACCGAGUGGUCCUUCUGUGCAGCAGGCGGUUCACAUACAGGGUCAAGAACCGCUCACCGCCUCGAUGCUAGCCGCGGCGCCGCCACAGGAGCAAAAGCAAAUGUUAGGCGAACGGUUAUUCCCUCUAAUCCAAUGCAUGUAUCCACAACUGACCGGUAAGAUCACCGGUAUGUUACUGGAGAUCGACAACAGCGAACUACUUCAUAUGCUUGAACACAGCGAGUCCUUGAAAGCCAAAGUCGAGGAAGCCGUAGCCGUAUUACAGGCUCAUCAAGCCAAACAAGCGGUCGCGCCGAAAAAGGAAUAAGCAAUUGCAUCGAUUAUCUUUAUUUAUAAUUUGUGAGAAUAAAUUUCGACUGUUUUGAAUUUGAUUGGAUAUAUACGCAAUGUUAUCCUUUCGUUAUUUAAUUUUUAUUUUUCUGAAUUUACGCAAUUUAAAAUCAUCUAAUGUUGUUUAUGUGAUAAAUUUACUUUCAAAGACGUAACCGGCGGCUUCAGAAUGAUUGCUGCUUGGGAAGAUACGUGAACGUAUGCUCUUUAUGCGAACCUAUGCUCACAAUGUAAAGUUUUAGGGAGGAAAACCUCUUCAUUAAGAUAAAUCUGAAUACGGAGAGUUGCGGAUAUUUGCAAGGAAACAAUGGGACUAAGUUCGCUUAGCAAGAGUAAUCUUUGCUUACCGAGAAAACCAAAAUGUAAAGGAUUUCCAAUCCUAAAAUUUUACAAUAAAUUUUUCUUUCAAAAUA